AUGGACUUUGUCUCCGAACAUGAUUUUCCCAAUCUUGAGAUCAUUCCUCAUACCUUCAACUCAUGCUUUUUCUCUGCUCAACUAUACCCCACAGACAAAAUGAUGGAGGUUUCACUCUCACCGUUAGAGGGUUUUUCCGACCACGAUUGGACACAGCAGUUGCCAUAUUCAAGCAAACAACUUUGCUUGGAUGAGUUCCCAGAUUUGGAAAACCUGGACCUCGAUUUUAGCCUCCCACCUCUGGGUGAAGAUUUGGAGGAGGUGGACCAGAAGCCCUUGAACUUUAUUGUUGUUCCCGAAGGGGGUCGUUGCAACCGCGGGAAGGGUUUUGGGGAUUCUUUAUUGGCGAUUGAAAAUGGGUCUGCUAUUUGCGUGAAGACAGAGGAGGGGGUAGAGAAUAUUGAGCAGAUGGCAGUGCCUAGUGCUAGUAGUAGCAGUAAGAAGAAGAGGCCAUGUGCUUUGGAAUUUGAGGAGAUAAAGAAGCAUUUUGACGUUCCCAUUAAUGAAGCUGCGAAGCAAAUGAAUGUGGGGUUAACCAUGUUGAAGAAAAGGUGCAGGGAGCUAAAUAUCAUGAGGUGGCCCCAUAGGAAACUCAAGAGCUUGCAAUUACUCAUCGACAAUGUUAAGGAAUUGGGUUUGGCAGACAAGGUUCCCAUGUUGGAGAAGCAUAAAAGGUUGUUGGAAAAAUUGCCAGGACUGGAUAUAAGUGCAAAAGCCAAGAAGCUGAGGCAAGCUUGUUUCAAAGCUAAUUACAAGAGAAGAAGGUGUAUGGGUAUGGCACUCCAAGCUUGA